AUGGUGCUUGGGGAGCUCGGCUCGCGGAUCACCGCCUCCUUCCGGAAGUUGAACCAGGCGCCGAUUAUCGAUGAUGAUCUUCUCGACGAGGUCUUGAAGGAGAUCGCUGCAGCACUCUUGCAAGCGGAUGUCAACGUCCGCUAUGUCUCAGAGCUGAGGAGCAAUGUUAAGAAGCGCGUGCUGCUGGAAAGCGACGCCAGCGGCGUUAACAAGAGGAAGCUCAUCCAGAAGGCUGUGGUAGAAGAGCUUGUCCGCCUUGUGUCCACCGACAAGAAGCCAUACAAGCUUGAGAAAGGCAAAGUGAACAUCAUCAUGUUCGUGGGCUUGCAGGGCAGCGGGAAGACGACUACCUGCACCAAGUUCGCCCACCACUACAACCGCAAAGGCUGGAAGACAGCCCUGGUCUGCGCCGACACCUUCCGUGCCGGCGCCUUCGACCAGCUGAAGCAGAACGCCUCGAAGGUCAGAAUACCUUUCUAUGGUGACUACAACGAGACAGACCCGGUCAGAAUCGCCGAAGAAGGCGUGGAGCUUUUCAAGAAGGAGAAGUACGACCUCAUCAUAGUUGAUACCUCCGGUCGCCACAAGCAGGAGCAAGCAUUGUUCGAUGAGAUGAAGCAGGUGGCAGAGGUAGUCCAGCCCAACGACACCAUCUUCAUUAUGGACUCCCACAUCGGCCAGGCCUGCUACGACCAGGCCCGGGCCUUCCGAGAGGUCGUGGACAUCGGUAGCGUCAUCAUCACGAAGCUCGAUGGCCACGCCAAGGGUGGCGGAGCACUGUCCGCCGUCUCUGCCACGAAUUCGCCCAUCAUCUUCCUGGGAACCGGGGAGCACUUCGAUGAGUUCCAGCCCUUUGAUGCUCAGAGCUUCGUCUCGCGACUUCUCGGAAUGGGAGACUUGAAGGGCCUCUUCCAGACCAUCACCGAGGCCAUGCCCUUGGACAAGCAGCCGGAGCUCCUGAAUAAGAUCUCCAAGGGCAGGUUCUCGCUGCGGGACCUCUACGAGCAGUUCCAGAAUCUGCAGAAGAUGGGGCCCAUGAGCCAGAUCAUGCAGAUGAUCCCUGGCAUGUCCAACCUGAUGCCAGCAGGCGCAGAGAAAGAGGGCGUGAAGCGCAUCAAGCGCUUCAUGGUCAUCAUGGACAGCAUGCGCGCGGCCCAGAAACAGCCUCUUAUCUCGCUCGUCGUGUUCAACAGCAGCAGACGAUACAGCGAUACUUCCCGAACUCGCUGCGGCAAGUCGGCUAAUCUUUCAGAAGCUGGGUAG